AUGGACAAUUCCAGAAUGAACUCUUUUUUGGAGUACACAAUUUGUAAUCGGGGAACGAACACAUACUCGCCUAAGUCUGGAUACCAUCAUUUGGAUCAGGCUUUCUCGGGCCCCUUCCAGUCCGGUCAAGCAAGUGACAGCUAUAACGGUGAUGGACGACUUUACGUAGGUGGGAGUGCAUCGCCGGCGACGGCACAACAUCAGCACCAGAGCGGAGGCUAUGCGCAUCACCAACACCAAACGCAUCAUAGUGGCAUGGGCCUUUCUUACGGUGGCACCGGAACCACGGGCUAUGGAACGCAGGCCACUGCCAACCCGGACUAUGCUCAUCACCAAUAUUUUAUGAACCAUGAUCAAGAUGGAAUGUAUUAUCAAUCUGCUGGCUUUGGUACGCCAAAUGUGGGGCCUAAUUAUGGUUCCAUGGCCGGUGCGUACUGUGGAGCGCAAAGUGCAGUUCCGGCGGCGCCAUAUCAACAUCACGGUUGCGAGGGCCAGGACCACCAGCGACUCUACACGCAGGGCACAUACGCCGACCUAUCAUCCUGCCAAGAGAAGGAGACUGGCUCUGAUCAAAUCCCAGGGAAGACCUUCGACUGGAUGAAAGUCAAAAGGAACCCUCCUAAAACAGCAAAAGUGGCCGAGUUCGGCCUGGGUCCACAAAACACAAUACGUACAAACUUCACCACUAAACAGCUUACUGAGCUCGAAAAGGAGUUUCACUUCAGCAAAUACCUUACACGAGCACGGCGGGUAGAAAUUGCCGCCACGCUGGAACUGAACGAGACACAAGUGAAGAUUUGGUUCCAGAACCGCCGAAUGAAACAGAAGAAGCGUGAAAAAGAGGGACUCGCGCCUGCCUCCAGCACCACAUUUAAAGACUCUGAGGAGAAUUCGGAUCAUUCCACAUCAACUUCCCCAGGAGCGUCCCCAAGCCCUGAGCCUUGACGAAUUAAACAAUUAGAAAUAAAGGCACUAAAUCAAUUAAUUUUAAUUUAAAAUAAUUUUCAAUGAGCAUUUCAAAAUGUGUCCAAGCAUACCUUUUCUGUAAUGCAAUAAUGGUACUUGUAUGUUUUAUAAAGUUAAGCUGUGGGAAAGUUAAUCGGCUAUUCUACAGCAAGGACCGUUGCAUAAAUAUUUAGAUCAUUUUUGAGGUAAACUUGCAAUACCGCUUCUCCAAUGCAGAAUGCUAAUAAAGUAAUUCAGGGUUUCUUACAUGGAUGCCUAUAUUGGCAAUGCACUUUUAGAAUGUUUACCAAUCUAUAAAUGGACCUUUCAGAUGCAGGGAGCCUCUUAGGCAAAUUGAUUAAUUUUGCAGUGCUAAUAUAAUGUUAUGCUAUUUAGAUGUAAGUUUGAGAAUUGUUUGAGAAAAGUAGGCCAGCUAUGUCAUAAUGGGUAAUCUCACCGUUUGCACUAUGCGGUUACAGGGUCGGCCUUCAUGCCUGCAGUACAACUCGUAUUAGUAAUGUAGUCUGUGAAUGAUUUCCCCUCCAAGUUGUUCUUCUAACGUUUCAGUGUUUAAUUUGCAAUGUUAUUCAGAAAGUAAAGUGUCAUGUAGCAACGAUUAAGGAUUUUUUAA